ACUUUUGCCCAGCCAGUUAAGUUUAACCCUGACUUUGGAGUUUUCGAAGUAGUUAAUGAUGCCCCACAACGCCUGGAAAGCCAGCUGAAAAAAAUUCUUCGUGAUCAGAAACCUCCAAACCCCAUUUAUGAUGUUCUAAGGAAAGCAAAGAAUGACGGGCAGCUCUCCAAAAUGCACAGCACUUCUCCAACCUUCAAUAUUGAUCCAAAUUACAACACUAUGUGUCUUGAUCGAGAACAAGCAAUUCAGUGGAUUAAGAAAGAAAGGCUUCCAGCAUUUCUAAGAAGCGACUGUUACUUUGAAUACAGGCUAGCUAAAUUGAUAUCGCAGGUAGAAUGGAGCAAGACUGGCAUUAAUUUCAUUAUAGACAGUGACUACUACCCCUGGGUAAGGAAGCAAGACCCAAGGUCUCCCCCUCCUGAGGAGGAUGGCACUUCGUUGACUAUGAAGAAGUUCUACAUACCACUUGGCCAGGCUACGGUUUCACAGACAAAGGAUUGGUUUACAUUAGCAAAACGAAGUGAAUCCAUGAAAACUACAGAUUCAUUUAUGUAUCCUGUAGCUUCUAGUCAAAUUCAAGAUAUUCAGUGUUUGCCUGGGCAGCAUGAAAGAGACAAUUCAUUAAGUGAAAAAGAUAGCCUUCUGGGUAAAGCAUCAGCAAAAGCCGACAUUAUGAAGGAAAGAUCCAGAGAGGCUGAGGAGCGGUCUUCUGUGACCAUUGCUGAACCUCCUUCCCACACUCAGUUAAGAGUUUAUCUAGACUCGAAAUGGGACAGUGCAGCAAAAGAAAAAAAUGGACAGGAAAGCACAACUUUUCAAACACCAGAAGAAUUCAUACCAGCUUAUACUCAAUUUCUAAUGAAGGAACCUGUUUCAGAACUGACCCACCAGCCAGCUGCUCACAUUGAGAUCUUGAACUUCAAGGGAGAUGUAAGAGAACAAGAUACUGAAGAAAUAAGCCUAAAAUCAAGUUCUGAAAGUGAUGGGGCAGACAGUAGGGCUGCCUGGUGUAUUAGUCACAAGACUUAUGACACUGGCAACAGACACCAGUUUGAAAGAUUCAAGAAGUUCAUUAAAGGAACACUUGGGGAGAGGUACUGGUGGCUCUGGAUGGAUAUUGAAAGACUAAAGGCCCUUAAGGACACUAUAGGGCAGCAAAGGCAACUCAGUAAGAUGAAAAAACUGUAUCUGCUGAGCAGUGGGGACUAUUUCCUCGGUUCAGAAGUGUUACUCAGACUUGAUCUACUGCAUGGAGAUCAGUGGAAUAUAAAGCAUUUAAGAUGGAUUCAGCCUGAAGCAGUGAAACCUCUACUUCUUUACUGGGGUCCCAGAUUUUGUGUCACUCAUUCAACAGCAAUAGACACUGCCAGUGCAACACUGAAGCUCUGGCACAUGUGCCAAGAGAGACCAAGGGUGGACAUUGAUCCUUUUCCACAAAUAGUAUCAUUGCUACCAUUAACACAAAAGUCCUGCAUGCCCAGGAUACCACCUUCCCCUUCUCAGGGGAAAAGUGCUGCUGGCAGUGUUGUCCUAGGGGGAUCAACAAUGGAAAGCAUGUUGCAGUCUCUUUAUUUGGAGAACAGAGCAGGCUACUACUUCACACACUUCUGUGAGAAGUCAGGGAAUAAGUUGUGGAAGAACAGUGCGUACUUUUGGUUUGACCUACAGGCUUAUCAUCAGCUUUUCUAUGAAGAAACUCUUCAUCCUUCUAAAAUACGCAAGCAAGCCCAAUUCCUUUAUGCAACUUACAUUGCCCCAUCUGCCAGUAUGGACAUUGGACUUCAUCAGAGUAAGAAAAACAUCAUUUAUCAGAAAAUUGACCCAGCAUUUGAGGAUCUUUUUGACCCAGCAGAAGAAUAUAUCCUCACUGUUCUGCUAGAACCGUGGAUGAAGAUGGUGGAAGCAGACAAAUACACUUAUGGAAAGGUGGAGUUGGUGGAAGAAACUCGACAGCUGGACUCCGUGUACUUUAGAAAGCUCCAGACUUUGCAUCAAGAGAAUGAUUCCAAGAAGGAUGAGAGUACUGGUGCUGACACUGGUCUGCCAUCCUGUCCUAAUGCUCUCAAAGAUCAGCACUUGCGUCAAGUUCCCAAAGAAUUGGCAGGUCCUAAUCUAUCUGACCUGAUCCACAACAAAGAGAAGUUAGAACAAUUCCGGGCUUUUCUUAAUGAGCGUUCUGCUGGCAUGGAUCUCAUGUGCUGGCUAGAUAUUGAACAGUACAGAAAGAUGCUCCACAAGGAUAAAGAAAAAAAGGAAGAAAAAUCUAAGGAUAUUAAAAACAAGUACUUAAACAAAAAAUACUUCUUUGGACCCAACAGCCCAGCUACCAGAGAACAACAAGACAAGCUAAUGCAUUCAGGUGGAGGAUGGGGACAAAUCCUUCAUGAUCGACUUUCGUCAGCGGUUCUGCUAGAAGUUCAGCAAUGUGUCCAGAGGAGAUUAGAAAAACAAUGGCUGCCAUUGUUCCUGGCAGAUGAACACCAUGGGGCGGAGGGACAAGCAAAGGUAAGGGACAUAACUGAAGAUCUUUCACGCCAAAAACAGAAGACAACUAGGAUAUGGAAGCAUGUGGACAAUAAGUGGGUUUCUUCAUCUAGUGAAAUAAUUGCUUUCCGCAAAGCGCUGUUGGAUCCAGUGACAGCAAAUCAGUUUCAACACUUUGUGUCAUUGAAAGGAGACCUACUGGAGAAUGGAGUGCUCUUUUGGCAAGAGGUACAGAAGUAUAAGGACUUGUGCCAUUCUCAUUGUGAUGAUGCCACGGUCCAGAAGAAGAUCACAGCUAUUAUUGACUGCUUUAUUAAUUCUGCUGUACCCCCAGCUUUGCAGAUUGACAUCCCAACUGAACAAGCAAAGAAGAUUCUGGAGCGCAGGAAAGAACUAGGACCUUACAUUUUUAGAGAAGCACAGAUUACUAUUUUUGCUCUUCUGUUUAAAUUUUGGCCAAAAUUUUGUAAGUUUCGAAGCAAUUUGGCUAGUGACAAAAUUCUACUUGCCUUGGAGAGAAAAAAGGAAAAAAAGAUGCGAAAGAGCGAAGGCAAAACAGCAGAGGGGAAAGAAGCGGGAACAAAACUCAUCAGUUUGUCAAGCAGUGCUUUGGUAGAUGAGAUUGGUGUGGAGAGAGGAUCAGCACCAUUUUCAAAUGGAUAUGGGUGGCAGGCUUCCUGGUCCUAUUCCAAGUACAUAGAAGCCUUGGAGCAGGAGAGAAUACUCCUUAAAAUGCAGGAAGAACUGGAGAAAAACUCGUCAUCAUUCCUUACAGGUACCUCAUCUACAUCCUUCCCAAAGCUUGAAAACUCAAAAAAACCUACCAUUUCUCCAAAGAAUAGUGUGAUUUUGGAGAACCACUCAAGUCUUCCCAAGAAACAGAAA